AUUCUAUUUCAAUAGAAUACAAAGCGAAUCGCGAGAAUCAGCAACAAUGAAGACAUUUUCAUUUCUAACAUUUGUGUCUUUCUUGAUAUCAAGCCAGAUCUGUGUCGAAGCGGCUACCUAUGCUGACCUCUUAAAUACACUUCAUCAAAAGGCUGGAGUGGAUAUGGGAUUAUCGCCGAUAUUUGAGUUGUUUAAUGAAACUUCAAAUGUUCCAACCUUAGUGCGCCUCUUGCAAAAUGUGGAACGCAAUAAUAAUAAACUAAGUACUCUACAUAAUCCAACAAAUGAUGCAUAUCUUGGUAGCCUUAUAUUCCAACGUGGCCUGAUCGCCGGUUUUUGCCAAAUCAUAGGAGGGUUUAUCCCGUCGUUUAUUUCAGUGAAUCUUGACGCUCCAACUCAAGACAUCUACAACCAAUGGAAAAGACCAAGUGUUCUCUUGAAUAUGGAACACAUGCAAACAAUUAUUAAUAACUACAAUCAUAUGAAACAAACACAAGAAACAUAUGCCCAACUUAUUGUUAAUGAAAUGCUUGCGCUCGGUAAUGUAAGGAAAACAUUUAAAGAAAACACAGAUACUAUUGCCACCUGGUUUCCUGCUCUCAGUACAAAUGAUUUGAGCAAAAAUAGUGUAAAGACUAUUAUGAAUAAUUACGCAGUAAUUCAACAAACUGUCAAUACACACCUCACGAACGUAAAUACCUACUUAAUCGAUUUCUGGUCCAAACGAGAUAACUGGGCAAGAUUCAUAAUGGGCAAAGAUAUUGAUUGGAACGAAAAUUAAGUCGAAAUUAACAAAAUAUUGUCGUGGUUUUAUUCGCUAAAUUCAUCAUCGGUUUUAUAUUAAAUUAUAUUAAAUUAUAAUUCUGUAUUUGAAUAAAGUUUACGAACGACAUUCGCGA